UUUUUUUUUUUCUGUAAGGUCUCUUGUUCGAACAGGGGCCUCCACCAGACGACCUUUGCCGAGUGUCCGAAUUGGGAUCCCGUGCCCAGGGGGGAUGCGUCGUUAAGUGAGACAUCUCUUACAUGAGUCAAAGGCCCCCUUUGACACACCUCCCUCGCCAUGUCCUUAAGUGAAUCCCUGCCUUGGUUCAGUCCGUCCCACAGGUUGUUAAGUGACUCUCGGUUCCCCCCCGUAGCUGGUCGCCAAAUGGGAUAAUGUCACCCCGGGAUGCUGCAACGGUCGUAAAUAUGAGUCCACAUUGAUCGCCUGACCCGCAGAGACGCCUCAACCGUCGUAAGCCUGACCAACGGCCCUCUGUCGCUUUCUUCAGGGCCGUGGAGACUCUGAACGGUCAUUAAACGGACAUGUUGUAACGUGAGGACCGGCCGCUGGUACAGAAAGAACCAAACAGCUGAAAUGGGACCGUCGGGAUGGCCUUUGGGGGUCCCGAUGGGCGUGAAGAGGCUGACUUGGAAACCCUUGGUUACCUGGCCAGGCUGAGCGCCCGGAACCCUGGAUCUGACCAAUCGCAGGCCGCCCGGGGGACAGUUGGAGAAGAGAAUUCUGGGAGGUCCGUCUCUGCCUCGACUCAGAAGAGCAGUUGAGGACUUCCGGAGACGACCGAAGUGUCCGUGGCGCCUCCAUGUUUGGUCACUGGGUAGCCAGAGUUGUCCGACCGGUGGGCAAAAGACACGGACUCGGUGCCGUCGGUCACCCGGAACUCUGGGCGCCGCGGCCGAGGCGCCUGUCCCUCCACGAAUACCUGAGCAUGCAGCUGCUGAAGGAGGCCGGCGUCUCCGUGCCGAAGGCCCUGGUGGCGGCCAACCCCGAGGAGGCCUUCCGAGCCGCCGAGAAGAUCGGGACCGAGGACCUGGUGGUCAAGGCCCAGGUUUUGGCCGGGGGGCGGGGCAAAGGGACCUUCGAAGGCGGGCUGAAGGGGGGCGUGCAGAUGGUGGGCUCCCCGGAGGAGGCCAAAGCGGUGGCCGCCCAAAUGAUCGGCAAGAAGCUCUUCACCAAGCAGACGGGCGAAAAGGGUCAGAUCUGCCACCGGGUGCUCGUUUGCGAGCGCCGAUACCUGCGGAAGGAGUACUACUUCGCCAUCACCAUGGAGAUGGCCUUCCAGGGGCCGGUGCUCAUCGGCAGCUCCCAAGGAGGGGUCAACAUCGAAGAGGUGGCCGCCAUGGAGCCGGAGGCCAUCUUGAAGGAGCCCGUGAACAUCGCGGAGGGUAUCCGGGAAGAGCAGGCCCUUCGGUUGGCACGGAAGAUGGGUUUUCCCGCCCAGGCGGCCUGCGCCGCCGCCGAGAACAUGGUCAAGCUGUACCACCUCUUCAUCAAGUACGACGCGCUGCUGGUGGAGAUCAACCCGCUGGUGGAGGACUCUACGGGCACGGUGAUGUGCAUGGACGCCAAGAUCAACUUCGACGACAACUCGGCUUUCCGUCAGAAGGCGGUCUUCGCGCUGCAGGACUGGACCCAGAUGGACGAAAAAGAGCAAGAAGCGGCCAACGCCGAGCUCAACUACAUCGCUUUGGACGGCAACAUCGGCUGUCUGGUCAACGGGGCGGGCUUGGCCAUGGCCACCAUGGACAUCAUCAAGCUCCACGGCGGAGCCCCGGCCAACUUCCUGGACGUCGGCGGAGGCGCUACGGCAGAGCAGGUGAAAGAGGCCUUCAAGCUGAUCACAUCCGACAAGAAGGUCCAGGCGAUCCUGGUCAACAUCUUCGGGGGCAUCAUGCACUGCGACACCAUUGCCCGAGGGAUCGUCCUGGCGGCCACCGAGCUGGAGCUGAAGGUCCCGGUGGUGGUCCGGUUGCAGGGCACCCAAGUGGAGCAGGCCAAGGUGUUGAUCGCCGAGAGCAAGCUGGAGAUCUUGGCCUGCGACGACCUGGACCAGGCAGCCAAAGUAGCUGUGGGCCUCUCCAGAAUCGUGACCUUGGCUAGGGAAGCCCAGCUGGAGGUGACCUUCCAGUGGAGGACCUGAGGAAACAUCUCGGAUUUCUGAAGAACCUCAAGCCCUCCUCGCCGUUUUUCUUUCCGGAACUUCUCCGCACCGGACGAGGAAAGCUUGAGUCCCGUCGUCACCACGGAUGAUGACCGGGAGGCCUCUUGCAGCUCCCGUUCUUCUGUCCUCCUGGUUGUAAGUGCCCAAGGAGGGCAUCUGGAGACACGUGGGAUGGGACGGGCUGGCACGGCACGGCGUCUUCCCAAUAAAAGCCCGGCGUGGAACCGAAAGUGGUCUCGUGGUUGAUGCCCAUCCUGACGUCGUGUGUUGGCAUGUUCGUGAGGGCCACGUCACCAGUUGUCUGUCUGCCUGUUUGUUGGUGCCACCUCUAGGGGUUUUCCAGAGCUAUCCAGAGGGGUGUCGAAGCCCCUCCUAAAGGACCAGCCUUCUUUGUCCACCAUUAAACCACCAUCCAAGGAAGACCAGGCCGAAUGUCAGUUAAGCUCUCGGCUUUCAAGGGGUUGAGCUUGAGACCCCCGCGGUGACGGGACGUCAGCCGAGACGCUUGCUGCCAGUCCCCGCCUGACAACCAGGAUGGAGGCUGCCCGUCGCAGCUGGAAGCCGUGGCUGGCGUAAAGCGGGAGCGCCGUGCGCCUGAUGACCUUUUUUUGUGGCGAUUGUUAAGCGAAUGUUGAUUGUUAAGCAGAUGGUUAUCUUUCUCCGUCUCCUUCUGCUUUUCUUCUUUCUUCCUCUUCUCCUCCUUCUCGUUCUC